AGCUCAUGGAAACAGAGCCUGAAUAUGCUAAUCAGCGCAAAAAAGGCCAAUCUAUUUUUUCAGUGACCACUUUCCCACUUCUAGCAAAAAUUUUCAGUGAGAACCAAGGCUCUUCUCAGGCUAGAAAAGUCUGUAGGACCCAUCAAGCCUCUUGCACAUCCUAUACACAUCAUCUCCACACAGGCGCUUUACUGCUAUUACUUUAACUUCCCUUUCAACGCCAAUAUCUAUUAGAUUUUUUUUUUCUUUUUCUUUUCUUUAAUUUAAUCCAUUUUCUAGUUUCUACUCCUUGACAAAAACGCCAAAAAUAACGCUUCUUCUCUCUCUAUCUAUGAAGUAAAUGCUGUUUUAGUUUUACUUUCUUCUAUUCAUCAAUAUCUGUGGUGGUCAGUCUGGUAGACUUGGCUCUGGCUGUGGUUGUGGUGGUAGUUCUUUAGACGUACAAAGAAAAUAUGGGUUCUUGUGUUUCUGUCCACAAGGGUACCCCAGAAUCGGCGAUGAAACUAGGAGUGUCGUUUGGGUCCAGAACAGACAAUCUUGGGAUUCCAGAAUCACCUAUCAAGGAUAAACAUGUCAAUGGUGACACUCCGAUCAAGACUUUUGAGGAUUAUGGCAGCAAAGACGAAACCUUUUUUGAUUCCCAACCUUGGUUAGAAUCAGAUUGUGAGGAUGAUUUCUUCAGUGUCAAUGGUGAAUUUACCCCAUCACGUGGCAGUACCCCAGUGCAUCAUAGCUUUUCCACGGGGACUCCCAAGAUCAACAAAACUCCUUUGGAAGACGGACAUCCUGAUUCUAUCCUUGAACCAUCCCCAACAGGGAACAAGAAGAGACUAUAUGAACUAUUCCAAGAGAGUUUGAGAGAAGAACCAGAAGCCGAUGACCGACAAACGUCUGGCAAGCAGAAUACUGCCAAUGGGAAGAUGGAAGUCAAGCCAACUAUUCUUGAUGUUCUUCCGAAAUCUGCCUCUGGUACACCUUAUUUCUCUGGAACUAACAGUGUCUGUAGUAGUGAAAGGACUACUAAUGGAGAUGCGUUAAUUGAGAGAGAGAAAUCAAUCAAGUCUAUGCAAUGUUGCCUUCCAAGCUUGAUUUCUUGCAGUAGUUUUAGUGAGAGGAAGAAGAAGAUGAGUCCAGCUCUGGCAAUAGCUGUAAACGAUAAAGCCUAAAUUCUGCUAUUUUCAUUGCACUGUAUAUGGAAAAUGCUAGGAUCUGAACCCCCUUGAGGUCAUAAGUUAUAUGCACCCAACCCUCACUACAAUCAAGUUAUGAGUACAAGGGAACUUUAUUUAUAUGGAUCAAGGACAUAUAAAAGGCAACAAUGAUAGAGAGUAUGUAUAUCGUAGAGAAUAUGGUGAAGUUACCUCCUGAAGUUGAUAGUUAUUAUUUAGUGCUGGAGGGAUAUUGGUUCCAGAAAGAUAUUUCCUGAAAUAAGAGGAGACGACCAUAAAUGCCUCUUGUAAUGAUAUCUAUAUUUAUAGAGGAAAUGUACUUUGUGUGCAUGCUCGUUUUUUAAUGUAAUUAUGGAUUUCUUUUUUGAUCA